AUGUCCCGAUACUACCGGGACAGCGACUCGGACGAUGAUCGAUACAAGCGGACCACGGUGACGAGGUACAAGGUCGGCCCGGAACGACACGGCGAGCGCUUUGAACGGACUGAACGCAUCGAAGUCGACGAUGACCGCCGCUCCAAGUUCUCCACGCGAAACUCUGGCGACCUGCUGGACGCCCGUGGACCAUUAUCGCCCGACCGCCCGCGCUCGGCCUUUGAACCCUAUGCCGGCGAUCGCCCACGCACUGCAUAUUACGAAAGAGAUGUUGAGCGCGAGAGUUACCGAGACCCAGACCGCUCUCGCAUCACCGUCUAUGAGAGCAAGGAGACGGAUAGAGACUGGGACCGCCGCUCGCAUCGUGCCCACAACGAAGACGAGCUCAAGGUGGAGAAGCGAGUCGAGGAGCGCUUCGAUGACAACCACGGCCACGAUGUCGAACGCUACCGCAAGGAAACCGAAUACUACAUGCCUCAGUCACCCCCGCCCCCUCCCGUCGUCAUCCGCCAGCAGUCGACGGAGCCUCAAAAGAUUAUCGUGCAGGACGCGCCACCCGCUCCCAUAGUUGUGCCCCGCCAGCAAAACCCGGGUGUCGUGGUUUUGCGAGACCGAGAGCGGGAGGACCGAGAAAUGGUCCGGAGGGACCGAGACAUGUACGAAGACGACUACUACUAUCGCCAUGAGCGCCGGGAUGUUGGCCCCUACCGCGGGGACUACUAUCGCAAUGAUCGGGAGAGAGACUAUGCCAUGGCGCGAUAUGACCGCCGAAGGAGGGAUGCCGACUACUAUAGCGAUGACGACGAGUUCUAUUACCGUCGCACCGUGCGCCGAGAGCGCAGCGAGAGCCCGCAUCACAAGCGACGUCUCGCAGAGGGUGCCCUCGCCGGCGCCGGCAUCUCUGCACUUAUGACCAGCCGCCGCGACGAGUACGGCGACUUGCCCGACAACCGUGGCGGCAAGGUCUUGGCUGGUGCUGCUUUGGGGGCCUUGGGAACUGAGGUCGUUCGGCGCGCCCACAGCGCCUAUGAAGACAAGUACGGCGAUGGCCGUGAGUCCCCCGAUCAUCAUCACCUCCUCAAAAAGGGUUUGGGCGUUGCCGCCGUCGCUCUGGCCGCUGCCGGCGCCGCCAAGUUCUACCAGGCCAGCAAGGUCGACAAGGAAGAAGCGCACCGUGGCCGGAGCCGUACUCGCGGAGGAUACUACUCUGGCGAUGACUACUCCAGGUCCGUGUCCCGCGCAUCUCACCGCAGCAAGAGCCGACGACGCAGCAUUUCUACCGCCGCCAAGGCUGCUAUAGGAACCGCUGCCACAGCCGGCAUCAUCAAGCACUUCCGCGACAAGUCCAAGUCUAAAUCCCGCCACGGCAGUCGCUCCAGAAGCAAGUCCCGACUUCGACGUGUGGCUGAGAUUGGAGGUGUUGCCGCCGCCGCCGGCGUGGCCAACAAGCUUUGGCAGAACCACAAGGAAAAGAAGGAAAACACUCGCGACCUUAGCGCAAGCAGUGACGAUGAGUACUACCGCCGUCGAGACUCGAGAAGCAGACACAGGAGCCUCAGCGGCAGCAGGCAUCGGAGCAGGUCGAGGUCGAUGGCACGAUCCCCUUAUUCGCAGCCCGGUGCUGAUCCUGAGCUAGGCCUAGUUGAGUACGGUAACGACCCUUUGUAUCCCGAGUCCCGAGACGCCCUGGCCCGACGAUAUGCCGAUUCGGAGGCUGAGGAAGAACGUCGCAACCGGCGCAGACGCAGAAGACGCGACCGCUCCGCCUCCGCCUCCGCGUCGGAUAACGAGCACGAGAGGAAACGGAGCAGAAGUAGAUUGAGAGACAUGGCUGCCGCAGGAGCUGCGGCCGGCGCUACUGCCAUGGGCAUCAAGGAGUUCAAGGACAGAAAGGAUAGAAAGGAUCAGGAGAAGCGGGACAGAAGGUCCAGGGAGAGGGAUGACGAGAGAAGAAACGUCGUUUUGGUGCAAAAGACAAACACUGACCACUCCUCGGCAGGACGUGAAGAUGACCAGCGAAAGGACUACUUUGACGACCAUGUGCGACCACACUCGCCUCCUACAGCAUCGGGUGGCGCAUACUAUCCUCCCUAUCCUCCAACGCCCAAUGGGCCACCCAUGGCAAGCGGCGCCAACCGUGCUCCGUAUCCUGACCAGAAUGGCGGCGCUCCUCUGCACCGAGAGUACCAGCCGUACGUGCCGCAAGAUUACACAGGUUACGCACCGCCGCCUCCGCCGCCCCCGGCCGGCCCUCCCCCCCCUUCGGAGCCCGGCUUCCGUGGUGCCGGAUACACACCGGGUCCGCCCCCUCCACCCGCAGGUCCGCCACCCACUGGCGGAAACCAUCCGCCAGACCAUGUGAGUGAUCAAGUCCGAAGCCAAGAUAGCCCCGCGAGAGAUGCAGCAAAUGAUGAUGUAAAUAGACCGUAUGGCUCUGGUUUGGGCAGCGGGCCGGCGGCCGCCUCAAAAUCCGUAUCAUUCAUCCCCCUGUCCCCGAAGAGCUCCAUGACAAUGGAGCGGCACAAGAGGGAGCAUGCAGAGGCUUCAGAAGACGAGGAUUCGCGUCGCGCGGACGAGCCAGGUCCAAGGGACAGGGACCAUGACGACGCCCACGGCAGAGGCAGGCACCGCGGCUCGAACCGGGCAAGAUGGUCCGACCCAACGCCUUCUCGCCCCUUGGUGCGGCGCAGCAGGCGGUCCAGGGAUGACGGCUCGGGGUCCGAUGACUCGGGGGAUGACGUCGAGGUCCUACCAGACCGGUUUGACUCCCACGGCAGACCUCUGGACGGACGCUCCUCAAGCCAGGACAGGUGGACCACAAGAAGGGGUACUUUCAGACGGGAGCCCCAGCGCCCGGGGGGAUGGGACGUGCAGGGAGCAUGGCAGGUCAGCGGGACGGACGGGCAGGCCGUGGACAAUCUGGUCAAGAACGUGACGGGUGCGCUCGAGGGCCAGACAGGCUGGAUGGGCGUCAUAGGGCAAGUUUUGGGCUCGGGGCUUCUUCAAGGGGCUGACGAGGCGGGGGGCAGCAGACGGAGACAUGACGAUGAAUACGAUGAUGAAGGUGAUGGGCGGAGAAGGCAUAGAUUGCGGAGGUGA